AUAAAUCGCGCGCGGCGUGAGGGCACAGCUGCAGGCAGCGUCAAACAGUUGCAGGAAUGAGUCUGGACAUCUGCCAAACAUCAAAAUCUUGCUGCAUAGACUGCACAUGGAGGAAAGACGCCGUUUAGAGGUGGCAUUCAGCAUACAGUUUUACGGUCGAUGCUGUGCUUGUGUUUAAACGCUGAAACACUGUAAAUGCGGAAAUGUUUCUUCUGCAUCUGUUUCUUAAUCCGACGCAUCUGAUGUGAGGCGACAUGACGCGUCGCGCGCUCACUUUCACGAUGCAUUCGAGCACCCUCAUGCCUCAUAUUGUUUCAUGAGGCGAAUUUUCUUUUUCUUUUUUUAUGUACAUUUGGUGAAUUGAAUCUAAAGCCUUACGGGAAGGAUGAAAGCGUCGGUAUUUUUCGUGGUCGCGUUCUCGGUCUUUUUAAAUCCCAGUUUUGCCUUCAGUUCGCAUUUCGACCCAGGUGGCUCGCCGCUGAACGAGCUGUCAUGGCCUUCCUCUUUGGCGGUGGUGGCUGUCUCUUUCUCGGGUCUGUUCACAUUCGUCUUCAUCAUGCUGGCCUGCCUGUGCUGCAAAAAAGGUGAUAUCAGCUUCAAGGAGUUUGAGAAUACAGACGGGGAGGAGUGCCAAGCUGAUCUUUCUACUUUAGCCUCGCCCAACUCGCAGAAUGAGCCUGAGGUUUUCAUCCUACCCCUUACUGAGGUCUCACACCAUGUGUCCAAACAACCCAACAAAUCAUUUCAGCUGAUGAAGUCGGUAGAUCUUGGACGGCACAGCCUCCUCUACAUAAAAGAAAUUGGACAUGGCUGGUUUGGCAAGGUUUUACUGGGGGAGGUGAAUGCUGGACUCAGCACCACACAGGUUGUGGUUAAGGAGCUAAAGGCUAGUGCCAGUGUACAGGAGCAGAUGCAGUUCUUGGAGGAAGUUCAACCGUAUCGGGUGCUCCAGCAUCCUGCUCUGUUGCAGUGUAUGGCCCAGUGUUCAGAAGUCACGCCCUAUCUGUUGGUUAUGGAGCACUGUCCCAUGGGAGAUGUUAAAGGAUACCUCCGAAGCUGUCGGGCAACAGAUUCUGUGACCCCUGACCCCUCAAUCCUUCAGCGGAUGGCAUGCGAGAUAGCUUCUGGCGUUACGCACCUUCACAAACACAAUUAUAUCCACAGAGAUCUGGCCCUCAGGAAUUGUCUUUUGACCUCAGAACUCGCAGUGAAAAUUGGAGACUAUGGCCUUGGCCACAACAAGUACAAGGAUGACUAUUAUGUGACAGCAGAUCAAAUAUGGGUUCCUCUACGCUGGAUUGCACCAGAACUUAUUGACGAAGUCCAUGGAAAUCUUUUAGUGGUGGACCAAACCAAGGCCAGCAACGUCUGGUCACUGGGUGUGACGAUAUGGGAGUUGUUUGAACUGGGUAACCAGCCUUACAGGCACUAUUCUGAUAGGCAGGUUUUAACAUACGCUGUGAAGGAACAGCAGCUCAAACUGCCAAAGCCCCAGCUGAAAGUGCCUCUGUCUGAACGCUGGUUUGAGGUAAUGCAGUUCUGUUGGCUGCAGCCUGAGCAGAGGCCUGUGGUGGAGGAGGUUCACCUACUGAUAAGCUACUUGUGUGCUAAGGGUGCAACCGAGACUGAGGAAGAUUUUGAGAAGCGCUGGAACUCUCUCAGGCCAAGUCUGGGCGCCAGCAGCUCCCACAGAACCCCUGCACCUGAAGUAGCCUCCUCAGCUUCCUCUUCAUUUCCUCUACUUGAACACUUCUCUAUGGCAGACAGCUUCCAGUCGGAGAAUGGGGACGACAUAUUAACCAUAACUGAGACCAGCCAGGGCCUCAACUUUGAAUAUAAAUGGGAGCAGGCCCGAGCUGAGCAACCCUACUGCUCCUCUUCAGCUAGCGGACAAUUGGGAAAGAAUAACCCACAUUAUCAGGAUGUGUAUUACCCUUUAAGCAACUCUGCAGGUAGCUGCAAGGGUGAUAGUCUUGGGCACUCUCCAUCCUACUACAAGUCAGACCAUCCAGCAGUUGUUCCAGUGCUGAGUGCACACAGUCCCUCAGUAAGCAGUGAGUAUUACAUUCGCAUUGAGGAACCAGUUGAGUGUAACAUCAAUUUAGAAGACAGUGUUCUUGAUUACAGCCCAACAGCUGAGGCCAGAAACAACAGCUUGUCGACUGUGAACAGGAGAAGCCCGAUUGGGGCUCAUCCAAGCAUCUACUGGUCAGCAGCUAAAGAACCCAUUGGUAAUGAUUAUGAUUCAGAUAGUAGCCCAACCAUGGAGCCACUUCAGAGAACUUUAUUAAGCUCCAUAGAGACAAAUCAGUCAGAAGAGUAUUUCUCUUCCAGUGACAGGAAUUUCUUGCAUGAACAGUCACCUCAAGCAGAGUCAGAUGUUCACUUGUUAAGAGGUUCAGACUCUCAUCGGCAAAGAAGAGGGUCAGAAAGUCUCUGCCACAGACUGGGGGUGGUAAGGGAAAGCCCACCUGGGGUUUCCAUUUCUCAUAGCAGUCCCAGCUUGGCACAUUGUGACCCCUACCUUGAAUCUAACCAGAGAGCUGCAGAAAGGAGUGGGGCAAAUGAGGCAUACUAUGACAUGAUGGGCCCCUUACAAAAGAAUGUUCCCAGACCCUACUACAUGAGUGCUGAUAUUGCAGUUGGUGAUGGCGUUCUUUUAGGUAGGGGGAGUGCUGAACCAGAAGAUGAUGAUCUUUUUUCUCAGAAUGCAUCAACGAACUGGAACUCCAACCACUCAGCAAACAACAACAGUUUAAGUGAUCGAAUACACGCUGUUGGUUUUCGAGAUGCAUACCUUGAUUUACGUCACCCGACACCCUCUUCUAAUGAUGGAAUUUUGAAAUCAAGAGUAUCAGAAACAAGCAACAAUUGUACUUACAAUUACACAGAUUCUUUCAGAGUCCACUCGUAUAUGGAAGCCACAGACACUACGUCCACCAUAAGCACUCACACAGAUUCAGAUGGUGGUGAAUACUUGCAUCUAUGCCCUGAAGGUAGUGAUGUUGAGUCAUCUUCCAAAUGUCAUUCUGUCACUGAAAGUCAGCAUAAUCAUCCACAGGAGAUGAACAUUACUCAUAAACAUAUCAAAGACAAUACAUCAGACUUCCCUGUAGGAGGUUACAACAGAAGGAAUACAUCAACUCUUCCAACAGAUAUUGUAACAACUAAAGAAAAUAUGUUACUUGACACAAGGAUAUUACUUGCACAAAAACUGACACCUGAAACUGGAUUCACUGGAGUCAAAAGUGUAAAGAGUCUGUCCUGUCCUGGGGAUCUGUCUGAGACUAUCUCUGAGUGUAGCCAUUUGGCAAACAGUGGGGUAAGGCCCAACAGAUCCAGCAUAAGCUUGGUGGAAAUCAAUGACUGCAGUGAUGAUGAUGAUGAUGUCACAGACAUCACCUCUGGAGCAUUUGGAGAUUAUCAUUUGGACUAUGCAGAAGUGGGACAUUUUGACCUGCCUCAUAGACCAUUACAGAGAGAGACUGAGUCCACACACCACAAGGACACAAUUAAUCUUGCUUCCAGCAGCAGUCCAUGUGAGGACUUCAGUCCCGAUAGUUACCACACAUCCAUUCACCCAAAAUCCCUAGACAGUGGUUAUGACACAGAGAACAAUGAGUCCCCAGAGUUCAUCAUGAAGGACCUUGAAGGCAUUCCAGCCCUUAGCACCAGUGUGGAAUCAGACGAGUGUGACAUGGUCCUCCAGAUGGACUUAGAUGAAGAUAUGAAUGUAAUGCUUCUGCAUCCAUCCAGCAACAAUCAGCUACAACUGUUGAACCUUGGGGACAGGAACCAAUACAGAGACUCUGCUUAUUUUUCUGACUAUGACCCGGAAAACGACAAGAGCCCGAGUGAGAGAGUCUGCAAUUUCUUCAUUCGACAAGAAGAGGAUGAUGUCUUUGAGGACAAAAAUGAAAAGGAUGGCUCAAUAAAAACAUCUGGCAGAGAAGGAUAUAGAGUGGAGGGAUUUGACUUCUUAGUGCCAAAAAACAACAGUGCUGAGCUUCAUGCUAAGCAAUCAUGUCUUAAAAAGACAAACCAAGAUCUGCCGUCAUCUUCUACAUCAGCUCCAAUGAUUUCCAUGCUUUCCCCCUUUCCCCCACAGAUGGGGGGAUGCUUGACCAAGGAGUCCACUCCGGAUGAUGGUAUUGGGCUUGAAUCUGAUCACUCUGGAGAUGAGCCUAACUUUGAAUGCUACUCUUCAACAGGAUCUGAAGGGUCCACCUCAACACAACAAGCUUCAGGGGUGGAGGACGAAGCUAAUGGAGGGACCAGAUAUUAUUCAUCAGCCGAAUCACUGAGCUCUGACUCUACCAUAGUAGAGUUUAAUGGGGAAAUAAGUCAUGCAGAGGACCAAGAGGACAACCAAGUCGACAAUUCAGAGCAUGCAAAGGAUGGAAAUGACGCGGAAAGGGAAGGUGCAGUGAAAGAAGACAGUAUGGGUCAGGUGUUUUCAAGACUAAGAAAUGAGUCCUUGGAAAACAUUCUUCCUGCCUUACCAGAAGACCUAGAUGUUCCAGCACCACUCGGAAAUGCAGAGGAACUGGAUGAGUAUUCAGAGGAUAGUGAUGAGUCUGAUGAAGAACUUCGUUGUUACAACAUACAAGAGCAGAGUGAUGAGAGUGACGAAGAGCUCCCCAUGGUGCCUGUCAUUGUGAGUGACCGUAGCAGUGCACGACAUCUGCGCAGCCUUCUCAAAAUGCCCUCCAUACUGACUGAGUCUUUUUGCGAUGAGCUGGAUAGCAAGAAAAAAGCUGUGUCGUUUUUUGAUGACGUCACCGUUUUUCUGUUUGACCAGGAGAGUCCCACAGGUGAGCUUGGGGACUACAGUUUUCCUAUACAGACAGAACCUAAUGGCCAGGCUUCAGAGAUAUUGUCACCACAACUCCAGAAUAGGGACACAGCCUUUGAGGAUUCAUCAGGGAGGAAUUUGUCAGAUGAAAGUGGAGCAUUUGAGUUCCAGAAUGAUUAUUCUUUGAUGCCAAGCCCCUCGACAUCAGAACCUAGUUCUGAAGAAAUCACCACACCACCCAACUCUCCCAUCAACUCCCCAGAUGAAAAACCAGCACCAACACUGUCCAGAUUCAGUGUCUCCCGUUUCUCCAUCACGCAUGUGUCUGACUCUGAUGUGAACUCCAGGGGAGGGAACAGUGAGAAUGGAUCAAAGGAAUGAACGCUUCAUAUUUUAUCCCUUUGAAACCAAGAAGUGUUUAGAACCUAUUUGGGUUCUCCCGUAUUGCUGUUUUUAUUUUUAACAUGCCGGACAGGAAAGUCCUGUAAAACUGAUAAGCUGUUUGGACAGAGUGCCUGAUAUUGUAGUGCUGGAUUGAUAUUAGUCAAACCCGUUCUUGUGUUUCUUGACAGAUGAUUGUCAAGCGACACAGUCGUUUGGAGACAACAGUUAUAAGAACAGAAAAACAAAUCUGUGUAUCAGAAUAUAUUUAUUCUCUAUGUAUUACAAACAUGAUGUAUGAAGAUUAUAACUUAUUUGCACAAUUCAGUAUCGCUAUCAUGCUGAAAUCAUCCUUUCUACUUUCAAGCCGUAGGAAACAAAAUAGAGACGAUGCUGCUCUCCACAUCUGCUUGUCUUGUCCCAUGUUGUCAAUCUGUGAUUUAGAUUCCCAAAUGUAGCGCUUAAAAACGUUUCAGGACCGAGCUGCAAGUCAAGCUCCUUACUGUCAUUGUAUUUGCACAACAAAUAUGCUGCCCCCAAAAUUGUGAAAAAAAAACCAAAAGGGGCAGAACGCAUGCUGAGCCACUAAAAUGUAAUUUUUGAAAAAUAUAAAACUAUUUUUGGUCACUAAGCUAAAAUGUUUUAGCUCAGGGGGGUCGAUUAAAAUAUGGUACAAAAGUAGAUAACAUUUACAAUUCAAACAAUCUUGACAUGAACAAUACAUUUUUAUUGUUUAAACAGAGAAAACUUUUAUACAUCUCUUUCCUUAUUAUUUAGACUUUUGUGAAGUAGUUGACAUUAUAUAUUUUAUAAAAAGUGCAGUUAACAGGCUAGUCCUUCUGUAUCUUUGUUUUUUUUUAUUUAAAUUAUAACCCCUAAUGUUCUGCAAACACAAGACAUAUGUACACUCUCGGAAAUAAAGGUACAAAAGCUGUCACUGGGGUAGUACUAGCGCUGUGUUAAAAAAUAUUGAUAAGACGAUACAUCAUCAUGAACUCCUGAUGAUGCGCGCAUCCAUACAGAUACCUUGCUUAUCGAUUUGGAUGCACUUUUGAAGGAAACAUGAAUCGCAGUUGAUCCGUGAAACAAAGAACGGCACACUGCUAAUACUGCUCUCAAUAUUUAUUAAAAGACAAUAAAUAUAUAAAUACUGAGAGCAGUAUUAGCAGUGUGCGGUUCUUUGUUUUUUUAUUAUUUAGCUCUUGUGAUCGAUCACCUGCCUCAAAAAGUUGUGCACACAUUCUACUUUCUAUCUCAAAAACCUACAACAAAAAUACAAAUUGUCUUAUCGUGAUGCGCAUUGUAUACACAGCCCUAGGCGGCAAUUGUUGGCGACAGCCCUAGGCGGCACACUUUCAAAAAGUACCUCAUAGGUACAAAUAAAAGGCCUAAUAUUAAAAUUUCCAAGUUGUAAAUGCGAGUAAAAAUCAUAAUAAUCAAAAAAAAUUUUUUAUCAAUUCUAGGCACAUGGGUAAUGGGUGUCGCAAACUUCAUGCAGCGCUUUGGAAACCAACUGGUGUUUAUGACAUCAAGGUACAGAAAGAGCGAGUCAAGAACAGUGCUUAUGAAUCAUUCUCGCGGUACUUUAAUGUCAUUAUCUGGUCGCUCUGCGCAGCUCCGCAGGAAGUCGAACUCCACCAAAACGGAAACACGAUGCGCAAACAUUACAAACUAAAACGCGGAACUCUGGUGAAUGACCAUAAAUUACAUGUUAGUUCAUUGUCUUUUCAAGUUAUUUUAUGGGCAUCAACUAACGUUUAAAGUUGAAAAGUUUUAUGUUAAUGUCUGUCAAUUAAUAAAUUCUGUAGAAGUAUUAUUUGUUGUUAGUUCAGGUUAGGGCUGGACGAUAUAUAUAUAUAUAGAUAGAUAUAUAGAUAUAUAUAUUUAUACAACAGUUCUUUCUGGUUCUCGAAUCUGAUUGGCUAAGAGCUAUGCGAUAUUGUGCUGAUAACGGCACUGUAACCGCUUCACCUUUCGUAUUAUUCCGCCACCUAGUGAAUGGAGGUCCUCUAAACAGGCUCAUCUCUGAAUGGAAACACACGGACCUGGACACACACACAAACGCGCUGUUUUUAAUCACGCUCCGUGUGUCUCAUUAGUUCACUAGCUCGUAAAUCAGUCUGUGCAUCCCAAUAGGAAGUUAUUAUUCCGUCAAAGAACAGCGCUCUUGGAUGUUACGUUAAACUUAAUGGGAUUAAUGUCUUGUCACGUCGUGUGGACACUUGGAAAGAGGAUUGUAAACACUCAUUUUCGGGAGCUAUCUCUCUUAUCAGAACGCGAAAACACCGUGGAACUGCAGGUAAGCACCGCAGCUUUUAAAUGUGGACAUUGAUCAUUUAUUUUAUCGUGACGUGACUAUUAAAACAUGUUAUAUCUUUGGUUCUCAUUCGUACCGAAUCUCACUAAGCAAACGUUCAAACAGGCGCUAUCUUUACUAAUCGACUGCAGAUUUAAAUAUAAUACAUAUACAUUCUCGACUGAACUAAUCUUAAAACUACACUUUGUGACCAAGAAACGUUUAUAUAAAGAAACGCCUAUUCCGUCCAUUGAGUUAUUAUGAGAUUCAAAGCAGCCGAAAGUUUUACCUGUCAUUCUGGCCGCUCUCAAAUCCGUGGCGGAAGAAGUAGUUCUCAAACAAAGAGGCUUUUAAAAUAACUCCGUUGUUGUUUUCUAGUUUUCGUUUUUCAAACGUGUGCCGUCGAACUGUUGUAUAAAAGCAAUAUCGCUCUCGGAGUCGUGUGAUAUAGCUCUAUAUCAUCACGGCUGUGAUUGCCUCCGGCACUCGGCCUACGGCCUCGUGCCUCUGGCCUAA